CUGCGUGCAGGCCAUGAUGAUGUUGGGCACAAGGGCUUUUAUGCAACCAGGGCACUACUAUCCGAACGGUGCUGGUGGCCGCACAUGCGACAAGACAUUGCGUGGUUUGUCAAGACCUGCCACAUUUGCCAGGUCCGACAGAUGCGUCAAAUCCUGAUACCACCGACAGUUGCGCUCCCGGCACCCCUCUUUGCGAAGAUGCAUGUGGAUACCAUGUUUUUACCUGCGUCAGGGGGUUUCAAGGCGCUCGUGCAUGGACGCUUCACCGACAAUGGCACUCCAUUUCUCAAGGCGAUGCCUAUACUGGAGAAGAAGUAUCACAUCAAGCACAUCCGGAUUUUGGGUUACAACUCACGGGCCAAUGGGAUUGUGGAGCGACCACACCUCGACGUCCGACAAGCAUUAUUCAAGGCCGUGGACGGAGAUGAGAGCAAAUGGAGCCGAGCGCUGGCCCACGUCUUCUGGGCAGACCGUAUCACUGUCCGGAGACGAAUGGGUUGUUCUCCCUAUUGUGCUGUCACCGGAACGGAGCCAAUCCUUCCCCUUGACAUCACCGAAGCUUCAUACCUGUUGCCCCCGCCGCCUGGGGUUCUCUCGACUACGGAGCUGAUUGUCUUCCGUGCUAUAGCAUUACAGAAACGUCGCGCACAUCUUACAGCACUACGGUCGAGGGUAUACUCAGCCCGGGUGGAGGCAGCCCUAUGCUUUGAGCGAGAACAUGCUCAUACCAUACGCGACUUUGACUUUCAACCAGGCUCUUUGGUUCUCAUGCGUAAUACUGCGAUUGAGAAGUCAUUAAGCCGGAAGAUGCGUCCACGCUACACUGGGCCCCGAGUCGUCUUGGCACGUAACCGGGGAGGAGCGUACAUUGUUGCCGAACUCGAUGGUGCUGUCCUUCAUCGCCCGAUGGCAUCAGGAAAUCUGGUA